AUGAAAUCAACAUUAAUUCAAAGAGAUGACGUACGAAUUCUUGCAGUGGCGGAUAUCCGAGGGGAAAUCUCAAUAUUCAAUCGACUUGCCAAAGAGUAUAAUGCGGACAUGAUCAUCCAUACGGGAAAUUUUGGGUUCUUAGAUUCGGCAAGCAUCGAUAGGAUUCAUGAAUCAUAUCUACGUCACAUAGUGGAGUUUUCUCCAUUAUUACCGGAAAAUCUAAUAUUGGAAAUAUCGAAGCUUUCGAAAGUGACUGGACGUUCGGUUGAACAUCUAUCAAACGAACACGAGAACCUCAAGAAGCUGCUGAGGAACCAUUCAAUUAGUGAGCUCGAAGACUUUAUUCAGGGGAAAAAGAAGUUGGACAUACCUGUAUAUACAAUUUAUGGAAUGUGUGAGGAUUCACUAGUGAUCAACAAGUUUCGGUACGGUGUUUAUAAGGUACCGAACUUGUACAUUGUGGAUGAUAGCAGCAUUUUUACCGUGGAAAUGAAGAAUCAGGUGUUACUUUUCGCUGGUAUCGGAGGCUCACUAUCGUAUCAUAAGUUGUUUCACCAGGGCUCAACGAUCGAUCUUAAGGAUAUUAUAGGUGAUGGAGAUGAAUUCUCUGACCUUCGCGGUCACGAGUCUCUUAUUCCCGUCAGUGGAGAUCCAGGAAAUAUAUGGGUCACCAUACUACAAUUGGGAAAGCUUAUUUAUACUCUGAUUGACUAUUCGCAGCAAAAUCCGGAAAUUUACAAUAAGGCGAUUAAGAUCUUCAUUACUCAUCAAUCACCAACUAGGGAGCCGUUGUUGGAGCACCUAGCGAUCUUCUUCAAGAUGGACUAUACUAUUUCCAACUCGCUACAUUUCAAAUAUACAUCAUCGUACAACGAACUUUCGAUCAAUCCAACAUUUGAGGCAUUUAAGGCCAAGUUUAAUGAUUGUCGAACGAAGUUUGCAACGAUCUGGAAGAAUGUUCAACCAAAAUUUGAGAAACUAUUGUACGGAUUGAAUGAUCCAAUGAUGAUCACGUGCGUAGAACUUGCUCUUGAAGUGUUCGAUAAGAUCCCGAUCUCCACCAAAAGUUCCGAUGUGAUAAUUCCCCUACAACUUUCGAAAACUGGAGACUCAGAUACUAGUUCGAUGAACCUACAAUCUAAACAGCGUGAAUUAAAUGCCAUCAUUCGCCAGUUAAACGACUUGUACUACAUUUCUUUUCAGAACACUUGGCAUUACAACCUAUGCGAUCUAGGCUAUGGAUCGUUGCUACUUUACUUUGACGAUGGACAUCUAUCUAUGCAGUGUAAGGCUAAAGGAUUUGAUUUCACUUACCGAGGACAGUCUGAGCAACAAGUACAUGAAACAAAAGUGUCUGACGAUUUCGAUAUAGUAGCGCGGCCAGUCGACCUUACUGAAGGUGCCAGCGAUAACGACGAUGGUGGGGGUCCCUACAUAAUAAGAAAGCAGCGAUCAGCCUCGUCUCUAAUCUUUCACAUCAUAUUCUUCCUACCCAACAAUGUGCUUUUCAAGCCCAUCGGAUAUAUAUUGUUUAUCGUCACCUACCCUAUAAAGUUGGUGAUGUAUUUGUUAUUUUAUCGAGUCAGCUUGAGAGACCAACAGUCUCCUGUUGCAGUGGAAAGUGCAUCUACCACUUCAUCCUCAUCUCCAUCAAUCAAAUCGCUUACAUCAUCAUCUACCUCAAGUUCAAGUUCACCCACACCUGACGACGUGAUAGAAUUCGAAGUCGAUAAAGGCGACGAUGGAAUCAAAUCUCCUACUGAAGCUGCCCCAAUCACCCGUCAUCUGCCUUCCGGCUCUUCCUCUACAACUCCUCGUGGGGGACAUGGCACUCCGUCCUCGUCCCUAUCUUCUAAGCGACCCAAAAAGAAGCUCGUUUUUCCCAGACUUCUCUUCAACUUCGAUAUCAGCAAUCCUCCGAAUAUGCCCAAAAAGACCCUAGUUUUGGAUUUGGACGAAACGUUGAUUCACUCUCUUUCUCGUUACAACUCUUCCAUCCUCACCAAAAACAAAGGUGUUACCGUCGAGGUGCGCCUGAACAAUAGUGGUCUCGCUACACUUUACCAUAUUUAUAAAAGACCUCAUGUUGAGGAAUUUCUCGGGAUUGUUCGCCAUUGGUUCAAUUUGGUUUGUUUUACUGCCUCCAUCAAAGAGUAUGCUGAUCCUGUUAUAAAUUACUUAGAAGGAGAAGUCAUAUUGAAGGACAAGGCCGACAAUAAAGCCACAAUUGCAUCAUCCGUCGUUUCCGACACCGUAUUUUCUCAGCGCUUUUAUAGGGAUUCCUGCAUAUUCAUCGAGGGAAGAGGUUACGUUAAAGAUCUAAGUUUUCUUACCGGAAGGGAUCAUAUAAAGUCUCCUUCUUUUGGGCCUUCACUCUCACAGACUCCUUCUCCAUCUCCAUCAUCGUCUCCUAAGGUUGUCCCGUCUAUUCCCUCUACUCUAUCCCCUCCAUCUUUGAUCCUUUCUCCGAUGGAUAGCGGCAGAUCUAGAUCCAGAUCUCGCUCCAGAUGUAGAACGGGUAGUCGUGCUAGAAACUCCAAAACAACAGAUCUCUCCAAAAUUAUUAUUGUCGAUAACUCUCCAAUCAGUUACUCUUACCAUAGAGAUAACGGAAUCAUGAUAGAAGGUUGGAUCAAUGAUCCUGAUGACUUCGAAUUGAUGACUCUUCUCCCUCUUCUCAACGGACUUCGAUUUACAAGUGACGUCAGAGCCAUUCUUGGCUUGAAAAAUGGCCAAUCCGCAUUCAAAUGA